AUUAACUGAAUGGAAAGCCAAUUCAAGUAUUUAAGUUGCCAACCAAAGUGAAUCUCAUUAUUUCAUAUUUUGUAGUUAACUGCCUUCAUUCAAACUGUGAUUGUUUCAACUGUUGUUACUACAAAGCUUUACAUUUACCUUUUUCAUUUUAUAAUGGACAAAAUGUUUCAACUUUUAAUCGUUUCAUUAUUUUUUAUUGUAAGUACAACAAAUGGAUUAUCUUUACCUCCAGGAAAUGUGGAUUCAGUGGACACAACAAACUCUAGUUUGGGUGAAAUUGCGGAAACUUUGGAUGCCUUUGAAAAGAUGUCCAAUGACACAAAUUUCAACGUAAGUGACUCAGUUGAGGAUGUAAUUGAAUCUGAUAAAAUAGACAAAGAAAAAGACGAGAAAAUUGAGGAUAAAAUAGCUUCUGAACCAUUGAUAAACAACAAAGAAGACGCUAAUUCAACAUCAACAACACCAAAGACGGUAACACCUUCAACACCAGCAUCAACAACAACAAAACCAACAGCAACAACACCAGCAUCAUCAUCAACGACGACAUUAGCUACAGUCACUACAUCUAAACCGUUGAACUCUUCAUCUGCAUCAAUAUCAACUGGACUCACUUAUAAUGAUACUGUUCUAGAAACUGCAUUUGAUAGCAAUGGUACAAUGGUUAAUGAAAUAAUGUCUUCAAUGGAUAGCAUUCUGCAUGAACUGAGCUCUAAUUCAAGUGAAUCAUCUAACAAUGAUUUGGACAGUCCUUCACUGACAUCUGGAGAAUUCAAUAAUUAUUUCGAGGAGUUACGGGUUCUUGAUGGAUUGGAAGCCCUUUUCGAAUCUGAUUAAGAUUAGUUUGAAUUCCGAUUUCAACAACAACCUGAUGAUUGGCAACAAACUGAAGAUGAAAUAUUUCUUGCUUUAAACUUCCUGCCUGCUCGGAAUCGUCUCGAUUUGUUUUUUGUCUGUAAUUUUUGCAAUAAAAGAGCUAAAAGAAUGAGAUAAAUUAUGUUUUUUCACAAUAAACUCUGUUAACAACAAUAAAAAUUGAUCUAAACAAGUAAAAGAUGAUAAUUUGAGUUUAAAA